UAAACAUGGCGGCUUGGUAAUUUUUCACGGGCUCUGCAUAUUUUAGUUCAUCGUUCUCGCUAGCUAGAGUGAUAGCGAUAGUUAUCGUCUUGUACGAACUCUUAUAGUGUUUUUACAAGCAUUAAGUCAUGUCAUCGAGUAAUAAGUUGUUGUUUAAGUUACCUCCGCCACUAAAAGCGAAGACCACUCUCAUUACAAACGACUAUGACCUCUCGCAAAGGGUCUUAGGUGUGGGAAUUAAUGGCAAAGUUGUAGAGUGUUUUGAGAAGAAAUCAGGAAAACAAUACGCCUUAAAGGUUCUACAGGACAAUGCAAAAGCUCGGCGUGAGGUGGAACUUCAUUGGAAGGCAACAGGAUGCCCUUAUAUUGUUGGUAUCAAGGAUGUUUAUGAAAACAAGUAUGCCAGGAGUGAUUGCUUACUGGUCAUCAUGGAAUGCAUGACUGGUGGAGAGCUGUUUGAGAGAAUUCCAGAGGGCGAUUCUCCGUUUACCGAGAGAGAGGCAGCUGCCAUUGUGCGGCAGGUCACUAUAGCCAUUGCUCAUCUUCACUCACUUAACAUCGCGCAUCGGGACCUGAAGCCUGAGAACUUGUUGUAUUUAGAUCGAACUCACAAUGCUCUGCUAAAGCUGACAGAUUUUGGUUUUGCCAAGGAAACAACAACUGGCUUGGAUCUUAAAACUCCUUGUUACACUCCUUACUAUGUUGCACCUGAAGUGUUAGGCCCAGAGAGUUAUGACAAGAUGUGUGAUUUGUGGUCAUUGGGAGUCAUUAUGUACAUUCUCCUUUGUGGGUUUCCGCCUUUCUAUAGCAAUCACGGAGCAGCCAUUUCUCCUGGAAUGCGGAAGCGGAUUAGACAAGGCCAGUAUGACUUCCCUAACCCAGAGUGGAGCAGGGUGUCUACACAAGCUAAGGAAUUAAUAAGAGGCCUUCUAAGGACAGAUCCGCAGAACAGGUUCACUGUGGAGCAAGUUAUGAACAAUCCUUGGAUUAAGGCUUACACAGAGGUUCCAUCCACACCACUGCACACGGCAGCUGUUUUGAGAGAAGAGGAAGAAAACUGGCAAGAUGUCAAGGAUGAGAUGACAAAUGCCUUAGCCUCCAUGAGAUUUGAGCCUGACAAGGUGACCAAGCUAAAAGAUGUUGGCAAGUCAAGUAACGCAUUGUUAAAACGAAGAAAGAAGUGAUCUUCAACACGGAAGGAAUGCACAGUUCAUGUAAAAACUAGUUCCAUUUGGAAGAAACAGAUGUCUUAUAAAGGUCGCCCGUUUUCCUUUUAAA